UACAGGAAGUUAAAGCUUCUGUAGUCUUCUGGCUUCACAGUGGUUUUGUAACGUGUAAGGUCACACAGAGGCGCUUUACAACCGUUUACCCAGAUUAAAAUGACGUGCAAGUUAUACUUUUAUAUUUUGUUUGAUUAACUAGCGUGAUGAUUUAUUGACGGAACUUGUUCAACCAACGUAAACAAGUAAACAGUUGGCCGUUUGAAAAAGUCACAUCAGAUCCCAGACAACUUCUCAGCCAAUCAGAUCCUGCGUGGACCCACUCUCCUCAGAGACACCUCUAUAGGAUCAACUGAAGAGAACUCACCGGAAAGUAAACUAAGUGGAGCGUCGGGGGCCCUGAGUGUUUUGUCUUGUAGCUUUAGCUUUACACUCUUGACACAUUCAGGUUCAACAUCACGUGAGAAGCAUCUGGUGGAACCGCACUACCGCAGCUGUGGACUUGGUUUGUGAUCUUUGGUGAGUGAGUUUGUCCGAUGGCGAGGCAGAGUAAGCUGCAGAAGCAGAUCCUGGCUCUGUACCGGCAGUUCCUGCGGGCCGGACAAGACAAACCAGGCUUCAUCCCCCGAAUCCGUGACGACUUCAGACAGAACGCUGGCAUCAAGAAGACUGACGUGAUGCACAUCGAGUACCUGUACCGACGAGGGCAGAGGCAGCUGGAGCAGCUGAGGGACGUCAACACCAAACAGUUGGGCUCCUUCGCCAAACCUGCAGAAAAGAGCUGACCUCUGACCUGUACGGCAUCAUGUGACCAUGGACGACACUGACAAAUACCUCUCAAAGACUUACGACCAAACUGUCACCCGUGUUGCUCUGUAUCCAGUUGGGAAAGAAACAUGAUUUUGGAGUUUAAAAUCCAAAUGAACGUUCUCUGAUUGUUUAGACGCAUUAAAUUAAAAUAUACUUCAUUUGAGCUCUCAUGAUAAUAAAUGUUGCUUUGAAGAGAAAAAGGUUAUUACUGCAGUUUGUAUCACUGUACAUGGAUCCAUCAACAUUUUAAUAAGUUCUCAAAUGACAGACUCCACUUUUAUUCAUGGUCAUCAGCUCUGUGAGGCUAUACUUGGACAGUAGAGCUUAUUGCUGCUCACUAAAUACUAUGUUCACAAUAACUAGGCUAACAUACUGAUAUUUAGAAAAUAGUGCUGACAGUCAUAGUUCAGCUAAAUAUCAGCAAACAUAAAGUAGGCUGAGGCUGAUUGGAAUGUCAUUCAUUUAGAUAUUAGGCCAUAAUCAUAAACAAGAUGAAGAUGAAUGUCUGUUCAAUGGUUCAUGGAAUUCCUUCAAAUAACAGAUAUCGGUCAUGCUGGGAGAGUACACUUUAUGCUAUUUUUAAGCAUGUAUAUUGUUUAUAAAAUAUGAUGCAUUGCUGUAUAGAUUAAACAAUUCAACAGUUUAUAAGUAGUUAAAAUUAGCAUAUGAGUGGAUACAUUCAAAAAAUAAUAAGUAAAGGGAAAUAUACAUCAGAAAACAUGUAAAAAGAAAAUAAUACAUUUGGGAAUAAUUAAGCAUUUAUAAGUAAUCACUCUAAUAAAUAUGUUAUCUAUUCA